UGUAACAUGUCAACAGAUGUGCCCGCGUGUUCGGGAAACGAGUGGCUACUGCUUUCGGACUGCCGAACGCGAUUAAAAAAGUAUUUUUAGAAAUAUCUACCCGGCUAUCUUUUGUAGCAGCGAUAUUCUUUUUAGUUUACGUGCAAUUAGUCUCUUUAUAUUAUUUGAAUAAUCAGUUAUGGAGGAAUUAAGUCUCGAUCAACUGAAAAUUAGCAAAAGCAAUGGUUGUCUUAGCCCAAAGUCAAGGGAUACAAGUACAAAAAGAUCUGAUUACCUAAACUGGGAAGAUUAUUUUAUGGCUGUUGCUUUUCUUGCUGCUAUGCGCAGUAAAGAUCCAGUCACUCAAGUAGGAGCUUGCAUUGUAAAUGAGGAUAAAAAGAUAGUCGGUGUUGGAUAUAAUGGUAUGCCUGUAGGCUGCAGCGAUGAAGAAUUUUCUUGGUCUAAAAACACAAAUAAUGGAUCUGAUUCAAAACAUCUUUAUGUUUGUCACGCUGAAUUGAAUGCUAUUGUCAAUAAAAACUCAGAAAGUAUUAAAAAUUGCACUAUUUAUGUGGGAUUGUUUCCAUGCAACGAGUGCGCAAAGGUGAUAAUUCAAUCUGGAAUUAAAAAAGUCAUGUAUUUAUCAGACAAACAUGCUUAUAAGGUGUCAACUAUAGCUGCAAAAAAGAUGUUUGAUGCAGCUGGAGUCAAUUACUGUCAAUAUUUCCCAAAACACAAGAAGAUAGUUAUUGAUUUUGAAGAAAUUAACUGGAAUGAAAUGUCACAGCUACCCUCAACACCUUUAAAAUCAAAUGUAUCAAAUGGACAUGUAUCAAACGGACGAACAUGAAAUGGACAUGCAUCAAAUGGACAUGUAUCAAAUUGACAUGUAUGAUUAUCAUCAUAGUGAAUUACCAAAAUUUCUUGCAUAAUGACUAUUAUUUGUAUUUAUAAAUACAGUUGUUGAUAUUUUUUUAUAUAUAAUU